AUGGUCAAUAUGGAGAAAUGCGAGGGUGGCAUUCGAGCCGUGUUCACGGAUGGCUCCACGGUUCGAGGAAGUGUGCUGGUAGGAGCAGAUGGUCCGACAUCGAUUGUUCGCAAGUUCCUGGCUCCCACAACAUAUGAAUUGCAUCGACUGCCUAUCAAUGCGGUGGGUUGCGCCCUGGAGAUGAGUGAAGAGCAAGUCAACUACUUCAAAGAGCACGUCGACCCACUCUACUUCAUGGGUACGCACCCAGAAACAGAUACAUUUGUCUUUUGGUCUCUGUUAGACACUCCCACAUCCCCCGGGAAGCCCUACCGUGCACAAGUGUACUUUUCAUGGAUCGCUUGCGAUGCGGAUGAAGAACUGUUCAAGCAGCCCUUGCUUGACGUGUUCAGAGAGAAGGGCCGGCCAUUCUUCCCUCGCUUGCGCGAGAUUGUGGACUCGUUGCCCGAUGACACUGUCGUCACGAAGGUCAACCUGGUUGACUGGCCGUCUGUUGAGUGGGACAAUUGGAAUGGCGCUUCCACUUUGAUCGGUGAUGCAGCGCAUUGCAUGGUGAUCUAUCGCGGUGAGGGAGUCAACCAUGCCAUUGUGGAUGCCUGCCAGCUCGCGGAUACUAUCAAGUCAGCUUUUGAUGGUCGCAUAUCAAUCAAGGACGCCGUCAAUGAGUAUGAGCAGAAGAUGCGCCCGCGAGCGAAGGAGGCGGUGGAGACUAGCAGACAAGCUGGACACGAUGGCCAUUGCUAUGAGAAGGUUGACAAGGAAGGAAGCUUUGCUCUCCUGGGUGAAAAGCCGGUCUAG